UAAUUAAUUAUUAAUGUCUGGUAGUGAUUCAGAACUUGAAAUGGUACCUUUUGAGGUAGCAAAAUAAGCAGAAGCGUAAAGAAAAAAAUAAGUGGCUGAACAGAAAACAUAAAUACACUUAAAAAAACAAUAGUAAAAGGAAUAAAUAUAAGAAAAAAUUAAAAAGGAUAAGGAAAUAUAAUUAAAAGUUAAGCAAAAGAAUUUAUUUGAAGAGGAGCCUCCUGAACAAAGUAGUAGUACUUAGUCACAUUUUACUAAUAAUAAAAUUGAUGAAUCAUUCUAAAGAAACUUGAAUGAAAAAUUGUCAGAGAAAGUAAUUAAAUCAAUUAAAAUGCCUUAAAUAUAAUAAGCAAAUAAAGUUCCUAUAGAAAUUAAAUCAAAAAAAAGUAUUGUUGAUUAAUUAUCUUAGUUAUCAAAAAGUUUAAUGAAAAAGUUAGUAUCGAAACUUUAGGGAGGGAAGUUAAUCACAAGUAAAAUUCAGAAUAGUCUCUAAAUUUUUUAAAGUAGCAUUUAUUUGACAAAUAGUAGAGAGUUCCUAUUUCAAAAAUCAUUACUAAAAAAAUUUGA